UGCCGCGUUUUCCGUCCGGCCGCUCCGCUCUCAGGGAGCAGUGGGGAAAACAAACAGGUCGAACGGAGGAAGAUCGGUAGCCGGUUGGAUGUGGAGGCUGUUUAGCGGCGGAUGACUGUGUUCCGUGUCGGAGGCAGCCGCCGGGCGCUCUUCCAAAGUUGCUCCCCGGGUCUCGCUGCUGUUCGUCCGGGAGGCCGCGCGGAGUUUUCCCGAGUAUGUUGCCGCUUUCUAACAUUUUGCCAGGGCUGUUGGAGGAGCGCCUCGUCUACCCGCUGCGGUUUCGUGUUUUUCUCGACGUCGUUUGCCGGUUAGAAUUCGACGCUUAAUGAUCUAAAUCGGCUCCGCACACCGCGAGACACUUUUUAUUUUCUCCCCGACAUGCAUACGAGGCGCCUGGUGAAGCGGUCGAUCCUCGGCAGCCGCGUUUAUGCGCCGAGCCCGACGGGGGACGGAGCCCCGGUGACAGGAGUGGUCCAGGCUGUCAAGCAGGAGAACAGGGACGUGUCGGCCGCGGGGACCCGGCGCAGCGUCUACACGGUGCUCAUGCAGGACGGCAGCCUCAAGGAGUUCUCCGAGGAGGAGAUAGCCGCGGGCUUCAACCACACCGCAGCCAAAGCACCGCUCAAGUCCAGCCUCAAGCACAGCUCGAGUAACGGCGCUCCAGAAGGUCAGAAGAUGGAGGGCGGCUGCCUGAGCCCAGAGGCGGUGGAGGAGCAGCGGCUGGCUGACGGCAAGCGCCUCAGCCGGGACCCAGACACCCGAUCAGUGUCCCUGCUGGAGCAGAAACGCAAAGUCGUGUCUUCCAGCAUCGAUGUCCCCCAUGCCAGACGGUCGGAGGAGGAGGUGGAUAUGGACAAGGUGACGGCCGCCAUGGUGCUGACGAGUCUGUCCACCAGCCCGCUGGUGAGGAGUCCGCCUGUCAAAGUGAGCGAGGCUCUGAGCGGCUCGUGGAAGGACAACGGCUCGGCGGGACCCUUCACCCCGUCCAGCAACAGUUCCUCCGGGGGCUACUGGAGCUGGUCCGCACCCAGCGACCAGUCCAACCCCUCCACGCCGUCCCCUCCCCUCUCCGCCGACAGCUUCAAGCCCUUCCGCGUGCCCAGCCUGGGCGGCGUGGGGCCCGGCCCCGCGGGGCCCGAGGACCCCAGUCUGGAUGAGCAGGACGGCAGCAGUCUGCUCUUCGACGAGCCCAUCCCUCGCAAGCGCAAGAACUCCAUGAAGGUGAUGUUCAAGUGCCUGUGGAAGAACUGCGGCAAGGUGCUGAGCACGGCGGCCGGCAUCCAGAGACACAUCCGCACCAUCCACCUGGGGCGGAACUGCGACUCGGACUGCAGCGACGGCGAGGAGGACUUCUACUACACCGAGAUCAAGCUCAACACGGACUCUGUGGCCGAGGGGCUGAGCAGCCUGUCCCCCGUGUCGCCCUCCGUCCUCUCCCCCCCGCCCCCGCCCCCCUCCCCUCUGCCGCCCCUCGGCCAGCUGCCGGACUCCCACAGACCCCAGCAGCCCCCGGACACCAAGGAGCCUCACGCUGGCGGCACCACCCCGCUCAGCCGCUCGGCGCCCAGCGCCCUCUACCUCAUCCACACGGACCACGCCUACCAGGCCACGGCUCCGGUGUCGAUCCCGUCCAGCGGCAGUAACUUGGCCGGCUCCGCCUGCACCAGCUUCACUCCCACCAACAGCUCCAGUUUCAGCAUCUCCUGGCAGUCGCCGCCCGUCACUUUCACCGGAAACACAGUAUCUCCCAGUAAGAGCCAGGGAUUCGGUGAACAACGUUCUCAGACCAUCGCCGUGCUCUCGUCCCCUCCCAGAGCCACCACUGCCCUCAGUCGGAAGGUGCGCGGCGAGGGGAAGAAGUGCCGCAAAGUGUACGGGAUGGAGAACCGCGACAUGUGGUGCACCGCCUGCCGCUGGAAAAAGGCCUGCCAGAGGUUCACUGACUGAACGCAUUGCGCCCCUGUGAUGGUCGCCACUUCAGGAGGCACUCAAGUUUCCCUAUUGUUUGUUUUAUUUUUUUUUUCCACCAGAGGAAGCGGGAAGGGGCAUAGUUUUGCAUGCUCUUCUUUUUUUUUUCCCCCAGCUCAAAAUCACAACUGUCCAGCUCUGUCUCUGUUCCUGACCCUGCCCGCUGCUACCCCCCCCCUCCCCCGUCCAUCCAGCCAGCCUCCAUGAAACCUUUCCACAUGCGGAAGAAGCUGAAGGACAGCAGAGUCGCCGUUCAUGUUGCCGUCCAGGAUUCCCAGUAUUGCCUCGCCAUCCCCCCUCAUUCCCAGUUUUGGGGAAACCCCAGUGCAGCUAAACAGUGUAAAAAAAUUUGAUCUGAAGAUUUCUGCAGUUUUUAUUUGUUUGUUUUUUGUUUUUUGUUUUUUUAUGUUGAGUUCAGUGUUGCAUCUUUCUAUGUUUUGUACAGCUCUGGUUUUUAAAACGAAAGUCUAGUCAAAGAGGGGGGGUUCCGAAAAAAAAAAAAAAAGGGCCAAAAAGCUUUUUUUUUGUGUGUUUUGUCAACAAAUUUAAACAAAAACUUCACUUUUUUUAUCCAAAAGAAGAACAGACCUCUUGGCUGAACUAUUGGAAGAAUGAGGUAACGCUCUCAGUUUUGGUUCUUCCUUCAGUGUGUUCAUCCGUUUCGUUCAGCCUCCGGACUUCUCUGGAGGGCAAUCUUCUCGUCUCGUCGCAGCGUCUCCCGGACCCUCGCCUCUCCUCCCGACGUACCCCCGGGGAAUGUACGACGGAGGGGCAGGAAGAAAUACGGAGGAGAGACACACGGGGGGGAGUGAUCAAUGCAAAAAGAAAAACAAAACAAGAUGCUAUUUACAGUCAGGGAAAGCAGGUGGACCGUGUUUACCACAUGAAGCAUCCACAAAACCACAGGUGUUUCCCACACAAUCAGAGUCUUUUUCUUUGUUUUAUCAGGGAUGCGAUUCUUAAGAAAGCAAAAAAAAAGAAGAAAAAAAACCAGCAGCUUCAACUUGGGGUUAAACUGUAUGCAGCACGAUCUCAACAGCUUCUCUCUUUUAUCACACAUGACAACUUUCCAACCAAAAACUCCUUCAUCUUGUUCUUUCAUCUUCUGGGUUUUUGUUACGGUGCCAUGUUUAAUGUUGCUGAUGGAGUUAUUCCCUCUGUUUCUUUCUCUUUUUUUUUUUUUGUUUGACUGUUUACCCCCCCUCCUGCUAAACAGUGUGUGUUCCUGACAGCACUGGAAGUCAACCCGCAUGUGACGCCAUUAAAAGAUCAACAUCUCUCGCCACAUACAGAGAGACAAAUCGCCCUCCUCCUCCAACAACUUCUACACUUUCCCAAAGGGAA